AUGAAGAUCUGCUUUCUGCUGCUGAUCGUCUCUCUAUCCAGCUUCCAGAACAACCCAGUUGCUGUCCUUGACACAAUCAAGUGCAUUAAGAAGAAAAACACCUGUCACAUUGUCCAAUGCCCAUACUUUCAUGAUGUAGUUGGCACCUGUUAUGAAGGAAAGGGAAAGUGUUGCCACAAACGCUGUUGA